AACCAAGGUCGGUGCAAGCUCACCCACUGAUGCAACAGCAGUGCAAGUGCGACACGCAGCUCAGGCUGCCUGGUAAACAUCCCUCCCUCUAACAGAACUUGAAGCUUCAACACCACCACCACCAGUCGUUAACCUCGCCAUUCUCACAACCACACCCUCCUCUACUACACCAGUAACUCGAUCACGCAAAUACCUAAACACAACUCCAGCUCCGCCCAAUAUCUACAGACCGUCUGCCCAACAUGACGUCGAUAGGAACGGGCUACGAUCUCGCCAACUCCAUCUUCUCCCCCGACGGCCGCAACUUCCAGGUCGAGUACGCCGUAAAGGCCGUAGAGAACGGCGGCACAUCAGUCGGCAUCCGCUGCAAGGAUGGCGUGGUCCUGGCCGUCGAGAAGGUCGUGACCUCGAAGCUGCUGAAGCCCGGUGCCAACAAGCGGAUCGCCACAGUGGAUAAGCACCUAGGAGUCGUAUACUCAGGCAUGGUCCCCGACGGCAACCACUUCGUCGACCGCGCCCGCGACGAAGCCCGCGCCUGGCGCGAGACGUUCAAAACACCCAUCUCGACAUCGGACCUCGCAAGCCGCAUGGGCGGCUACCUACAAGCCUACACGCUGUACCAAUCCGUGCGACCCUUCGGCAUCACGGCCAUCGUCGGCGGUUUCGACUCGGAGCUCGAGGCGCCCGUGGACGGCGAGGUAGGCUCGGGCCCCAGCGUCGGCCCAGGCGGUAAAAUAGAAGGUUCCCACGGCGGUCCAGGGCUGUACAUGAUCGAGCCGAGCGGGAUGUACUGGGGCUACUACGGCGCGGCGACAGGCAAAGGCCGGCAGGCCGCCAAGGCCGAGCUCGAGAAGCUCAAUCUCUCCGAGGGCAAGCUGGACCUGAAGCAGGCCGUCAAGGAGGCCGCGCGCAUCAUCUACGUCGCGCAGCAGGACAACAAGGACAAGGAGUUCGAGCUCGAGAUGAGCUGGAUCAGCAACGCCGCGGGCCCCACCAAGGGACGGCAUAUGGAGGUUCCCAAGGACCUCCUCGAGGAGGCCGAGCGGUUGGCCAAGAAGGCCAUCUCGGAAGAUGACGAGGAGGAAGAGGAGGAAGGAGGCGAAGAGGACAAGAUGGAAGAAUAGAUCAAAUGGAAAUGAACGAACUACUUGCCCAUUUUUCUGAAAGAAACGAAAUGCAACAACACCAAAUAGAGAGGAACUUGUAUUAAUACAAAUGUCGCAAGCGUUUUUUUUUUUCUCACAACAGCACAGGGAGGGGAGAGGUAGGGAGCAUGAUGAUGCGUAAUAGAUUGAUU